AUGAAUCAAAGAUAUGGCUUUGGAACUACGGGGGUCAAGAUUAGAAGAGAAACGCGUUGCAAUGAAUCUUUGAUCGUGUAUAAUGGACGAUCUAGUGUCAAACAUGGAUUUUGUGGCCGGACAUUUUUGUAUGGACGCGGGUUAAUUAUGUGCAUCUUGUGGUUGUGCGUGCUGGGCAUAACUAGUGUUGGGGCGAGUGAGUUUCCGGAGAGAGAAUGUUGCGAUCCAGUUUACCCUCCGGCCACGGCGACUACAUCUUCGCCGCCGGUCACCCAUCCAGUUGGGAAGGUUGCAGGUGAGUUAUAA